AUGACAUCCAUUCCACUUCGAACCAGAGCACAAGCACUGCGUCUCCGCAACCUCCAAUCCCCACGUUUAAGCUCCAUCACACUUCCCCGGAUUCUAUCCACUCUGCCAACAAGAUACUUCCACCAAAGACCCCAAACAACCCCUAACCCAAUCCGCCCGCUUCAAAAACCACAGUACAUCACCCUCCAAAACUCCCGACGCCAACACAGCACCCGCGCUCCAACAGCUGACGCCCUAAUCGAAGAACUCCAAGAACUCUACGAAACAGCCAAAGACGAAUUUGAAAUCGCCACAGAAAGCACAGACGGUGCCACUAUCUACGCAGCCUCGGAUCGGGACUCGGCCCGCGACGCACUAAACGAGUUCUGCGCUACUUACUUCCUGUAUACAUCCCGACCGGGCGAGGAGGACACAGGUGUUGUUCUGCGGUCUGGGGAGGCGAUGAGUGGGACGAGAUUGAGGGAGGCGGAGGUUGUGUUGCUUGGGGGAGAGGGUGAGGAUGGACCUGUUGUUGAUACGGCGUUUGACCCGUCGAGUGUGGAGGUGGAUGUUAGGGAGGAGGUUCGGAGGAGGAUUGGGCAGAGGGUUAGGGAGUUGAGGAAUGCUGUUGAGCUUUUGGAGGAGAGGGCCCAUGAGGAGUGA